UGAGAUACGCGCGCUACGGGAAAUGUGAUCGAGCGUCGUCGCCGUAACAGUCGUCGGUCGAUGCUAGGCGUAGCGAUACACCCACCUCGCUACCUCUAGUCUCUAUUUCUGUGCAGUCUCUCGGCUGACACCUGCCCGAAAGCAGGAGGACACGGUUGACAUAAUUCCGCGAACGCCGCUGCCGCCGAUUUCAUUCGACACUUGUGACAUUUGUGAGCAGCUGACGUACGCGUGUCACGUCGUCGCGACGUGAAGAUGUGAAGAAGAGGACACGCGACUUAUGACCGAAACUUGAUCGAAAAAGAGAGUGAUUCAUACGCUAUAAUACUGACGUAUUACCGUUUACUGUGCCGGUGUGCAGUGACGUUUCUGUCAAUCGCCGUACGGAUUUCUCUGUCGUGAUGAAGCUACACGAGAAGAAAGAGUCCGGCAUCCACAGGGUGCAGGAGGUGCCGCUCGAGGAGCUGGAGCUCUCGAAGGAGUACAACGUGGAGAAGACAUUGGGCGAGGGUAGUUUCGCAAAGGUUUUAUUAGCGACGCACAGAGCCACUCAGACCAGAGUGGUCCUGAAAGCGGUCCACCAGGAGCUUACGUCGGAGAAAGACUUUUACCGAGAAUUUCACUAUUCCUACCACCUGAGCCCGCAUCCCAACAUCCUCUGCUCGUACGCGGUCGCCUUCAAGGCGGAGAGAUGUUUCGUCUUCGCGCAAGAAUACGCGCCCUACGGUGACCUCGCGGGCAACGUGAAGGCCGGCGGGUUGAGCGAGGACGCGUGCAAGAGGAUCGCCGGUCAGCUCGCCUCCGCCCUCGACUUCAUCCACUCGAAGCAGCUGACGCAUCGCGACAUCAAGCUGGAGAACGUGCUGGUGUUCGCUCAGGACAUGACGAAGGUGAAGCUCUGCGAUUUCGGCUGCACGAGACGCGAAGGCACCCUGGUGAACAAGAUCCGUUGCACCUGGGUGCCGUUCCAGCCGCCCGAGAUCCACGAAGUCAUCAAGAACGAGCGGUACGCCUGCAAGAGGAGCUCGGACUGCUGGCAGUUCGGCAUCGUGCUCUUCGUCUGCUUGACCGGCAAUCCGCCGUGGCAGAGCGCCGAUCCUAUCCAAGACCCGGACUACUCGGCCUUCCAGCGGUGGCUGAAGAGACGCACCACUAAGAUCCCGCCGACGUUCCGGCGAUUCACGCCGCGGCUGUUGCGCUACUUCCGUCGCGCGUUCGAGCACAAGCCGGAGAAGAGGCCGCACGUGACCGAGAUCAACAAAUAUCUCAAGGACUCGUGGUGCAUCAGCAAGAUCAGCCACAGCGCGACCUCGACGUCGGUCGACGUGAGCGAGAGCCUGGCGAGGCGCGGCGACAGCCUGCUCUACCUCGACACGAUCUUGGACGACCGGCAUCACUUCGAUGAGAACAAGAAUAAGCUGAGGAAGCUGCUCAAUAGCUACGGCCUGGAGACCACGGUGGACCAGAAGGUCGUCACUAAGAGGAUAUGGGAGUGGGUGAUGCAAUGCGACUCCAACGUGGACGAGCCCGGUCUGAUCAGCGGCUACAGCACGGAGGACAUGUGAGAGAUGGCGAGGACCUGCAGCGAGCCGUGCCUGCGGCCCGCUCAGGAGGAACUUGGCAAGUUCCGAAUGGGCAGCCUCCACGUGCGGACCUCGUACGGAUGUGCCAAGUAAUACGAAAUAGUCCACGGAGUAGCACCGGAGAGUGCUGCUCACUACCGGCUCUACCGGUGUUUCAGAGUGUUGAAAAUUCUAUACAUAGGCGGACCAAUUAGCGGAACGAACUUCCUUGAUUAGCGGGAGAACGAGGAUUCGCGGUAGGAUUAGAGAAACGUGGAUGUUCGUAGCGAUCGGCGGAGUUAGGUGACGACAACUCCCGUGAUGAUGAAUCCCAGAAGAAGAUCCACAUGUCCAAGGCGCGUUGUACAGGUGCCUAAAAGACGUCCCGACUUCUCGAACGGGCGUCUCUCGGAUGCCUCUGAAUUUCGCGCUGUUCUGCGGUCGAGAAGGAAAAGAUCGCUUUCGUGAAAAAGAUAAAAGAGAUAGUCUCUCAUAUAAGACGCUCUAGCAAUUAAAUGUAAAUGUGAUAUAUACGUAUCUAAGUAGAUAGAUAGAGAGAGAGAGAGAGAGAGAGAGAGAGAAGGAGAAUUCGCUCUUUAACCGAGGAAAGAGCGGUGUCGGAGGUCAUACUGGCGAUUAGCUCGGUGUACUAACUGUAGAGACAAUAAUGCUGGUUCGUAUGACUUGCGUUACGUUAGUCAGUUAGUUACGUUAGCCCCGAUGGUAAACCGAUGGUCUUAGCGAUGCCUUAUGCGGGAUUAGACGCGAGGUUAGAGAGAGAGACAACCACGUAGAGAUAUUUUAUAUAUCACCAGAGUAUCUGAGAGGGGGAAGAAGAAAGGUAGCCGUUUUCGUUCGUAUGAUAGCGAUGUAACUAUCGACAACUAGACAAGAGACGAAAGAGCGAAAAGACUGUAUAAUCCAAAUCUAUAGAUCAGAAGAGAUCUGUCCUAUCCUAGUGAAACCGGACACGAGAACGGUCGAAAGUUUUGAUCCUUCGUUAAACGCAAAUUUUUCAGGAGAAAGUGCCGUAAAGUUUCGGAAGUGCCGACAUAGCCGUAACAAAGACGCAGGUAUAGGGAUUACGAAACAAGGAUAGUAGACGAUUACUUACAUUGACAACAACCACUACUAGAUUCGUGAACGGUAACGCGUAAUCAUACAGAUGUAAAUACAUUUCUACACGUAGAGAUAGAUAUACAUUCGCGUUCGCGCUGUACGUGUACAUAUACAUAUACGUGUGUACGUAUGUAUAUGUAGCCAUAUAUAUAGUACACAUAUAUUCUUGUAGCGGUUUAUGGUGUAGCGCGUAGGGAUUCCGUUUGUACGAUUAGUUACGCCACUUCGUAACGGUGAUAUAGACAUAGUAAUUCGUAAUUUCGCACACGUUGCGACUCCGACGGUCGUAAUGGUCACGCAAACGAUCCUGCGAGUUCGAAAACACCCACGGAUAACGACGCGCGAAACGAGCUCGUUUCCACGAGCGGAUACCGCGAGCCAGUUGCGAAAUUCGUCGUCGCUUGCAUCCGGCGAACAGGUGCACGUUGAUCUUGAAAUCAGAGACUCGUGCGAUUAUAAUUGUCCUAAUAAUUACAGUUGAUGGUAAAUUUCGACGAUAAUUCUCCGGCGAAUCUGAUUUUUUUCCGAUGCUGUGUUCUCGAGCACCGUUCACGCGAAAUCUUUAGCAAGGAAAUCGCUCGCUAAUGAUGCACGCGAGCAUAAAUGAUACAAAGCUUCUUUUUCCUUUCUUCGGAAUUUCGCAACCUAAUCGUUAUCAGGAUGAACUGUUGUACGCUGGAAGAUCAGCAUUAAAGAACGUAUCGACAGCCGGGAUCAUGCGAAUGCGUGUUUCGAUACAUUUGUACGCUGGAAGAGGAGUUGUAACGAUGCGUGCGAACGAUUCGUCGAUUAUCUCAUCAUCGAUGUUUCUCGACAUUGUCCGACGCGCGAGUGACUAUCAGCGACAUGUUAAACAAGUAGAGAGUUCUUCGCGAGGAAGCCGACGUAUGUGGCCUCCGUCGACGCGAAAGAAGCGAUGUUUUGUAUA